AUGGCGUCCAACACUCUAUCCUCCAUCUUGAGUCCAGAUGAUGAAAACCAAAUCACAGCAAUACAGGCGAUGGAAGCGGAGAGUAUCGAUAAAGUUUUCCCCGACUCGGGGGCCACACACAACGACAAAAAUGACAUGCACCGAAUGGGAAAGAUUCAAGAAUUCAAGCGCAACUUCCGCCCAUUAGCUGCGUUAAGCUUUUCAGCCGUUCUCCAAGCCACGUGGGAAUUUAUCUUGAUAUCCAACUCUCAAGGCCUGGAAAAUGGUGGGUAUGCUGGCCUUUUUUGGUCUUUCAUAUGGACUUUUAUUGGAUUCGGGUUUAUUAUCCUUAGCCUGGCUGAAAUGGCGUCCAUGGCACCGACAUCAGGUGGUCAGUAUCAUUGGGUUUCAGAAUUUGCACCGAAGCGAUACCAGAAGUUCCUUAGCUAUACGACCGGAUGGAUGUCUGUUUUGGCUUGGCAAGCUGGGGCAGCUAGUGGGUCCUUUCUUACUGGAACGAUCAUCCAAGGCUUGAUCAGCAUACGCGACCCAAGCUAUCAGCCACAGAAUUGGCAGGGAACUCUCUUCGUCUGGGCGAUGAUUGCAGUCAUUUACUUUUUCAACGUCUAUGCCGCAAACUGGAUGCCACGGAUACAAAAUCUGCUUCUCGCUUUGCAUCUUAUGUGCUGGGUUAUUGUGGUUGUUACGCUAUUUGCCAUGACUCCCCAUCAACCCGCGAAGGUAGUAUUUACCGAAUUUUACAACGGUGGCGGCUGGCCGACCAUAGGAGUGAGCUUGAUGGUCGGCCAGAUUUCUGCGAUCUAUGGGUCACUCAGUUCGGAUGCUACAGCGCACAUGUCGGAGGAGGUAAAGGAUGCCGGACGCUACGUUCCCAUUGCAAUUGCAUGGGGAUAUUUUGGCAAUGGUGUAUUGGCAAUCAUUGUUCUUGUUGGGCUACUACUCUCAAUCGAAUCAGUUCCAGCGUCACUAAACGACAGCUCCGGAUUCCCAUUCCUCUUCGUUUUACGAAACACAAUGUCACUGGCCGGAGUGAAUGGAUUGGCCUCUAUUAUUUUGAUUCCUGUCAUUUUCAGCAAUAUUCUGUUCAAUGCAUCGACGGCUCGUCAAACACAUGCCUUUGCUCGCGAUAAGGGUCUUCCCUUUGCUCGGUGGAUCUCCCAUGUCCAUCCUCGCCGUCGAAUCCCCGUGCGCGCUAUCGGCCUUUCCUGUCUGACAAGCGGCCUGCUCUCACUUAUCUACAUCGGAUCUUCGGUCGCAUUCAAUGCCAUCAUCUCAUUGAAUGUGGCAGCUCUCAUGUACACGUACGCCGUUUCCAUGAGCUGCGUGAUUUAUCGAAAGAUAUAUUGUCCUGAAACUCUUCCGCCACGGCGAUGGUCGCUGGGACCAGCCGGGCUGGCUAUAAAUAUCAUUGGCUUGAUGUACGUGUGCUUCGCUCUUUUCUGGUCCUUCUGGCCGCCCAGUCCAUCUGCGGGAGUGGAAGACUUUAACUGGAGUGUGGUUAUAUUUGUGGGGGUUUUCGUUCUCAGUCUGGUCAUGUAUAUCUUUCAAGGGAAGAUGCAAUAUGUGGGGCCUGUUGUUACGGUACAAAGACGCGACUAA